AUGGCAAGAGGAAUGGGACUGACAGCCCUUAUUGUAGUUGUUGUCCUCCUUCAUCAAACUUGCAAUACUACUACCGCUGAGGAUAGCCAUGAUCAUCACUGUUCUCCUUCUUCCUGCGGUUCUAUCCAUAAUAUAAGCUAUUCGUUUCGAUUAAUGAGCGAUCCAAAAAACUGCGGCAAUCAAAGGUAUAAUCUUUCAUGUGAGAACAACCAAACAUUAGUGUUACACUUAUAUGAUGAAAGAUACUACGUACGACAAAUCAAUUACACCGACUAUACAAUCAAAGUUGUAGACCCAGGUAUUGGACUCAACGCUAAUGAGUACUACUCCUUCGUCCCUCGUUAUUCUCUAGACUACACUAAUUUCAGUUCAGAGGAUCCAUAUCAAAUAUUUUAUUCGUCAUGUAUGAUUUUGGUGAAAUGUGAAAAGCCAGUGAAUUCUCGGUAUCAUCUAAACAUUUCUGCUUGCAUUGAGGAUGGAGUGUAUUCUAAUUCCAAGAGGUAUACAUAUGCUCUAUUCCAGUAUGAUCAGUAUUAUGGAGUUGCAAUGGAGUUGGGGGACUUGUGCCAAGUAGAGCAAAUAUCUUUCAUAUCCGGGUCAUAUCGUUAUUAUGAUGAUGACUUGAGAAAUAUUUCAUGUACAGACUUCCACAAUGAAUUGCUACAGGGUUUUGACCUUUAUUGGAGCGAACGAGGUGGUGCGUAUAUAAAAGAAAGCAUGCUAGAAAAUAAAGACAACGCACUUGCAAUUUCUAAUUAAAUUUUUUACAUGUUUACCAUUAAUUUUCUGUUUCUUUCUUUUCUCAUCGCUAACCAUUCAUGCUUCUAAAUGCCAACGUUGUUCUUAAUUUUCUUAGGCAAACUUGGAAUC